AAUCCAGUUUUUAAUUUUUAUUUACGUCGGCUAUGUGGUUCGGGUUACGAAGACGGUCAUGAAUUUUAAAGUAUAAAACUAAAUUCUGGAUGUUUGGUUUGCUUGGCGGCUCCUGACUUCUCGCACUUCAGAAAUCGGUUGGUUCUGGAGUGUCAUUUUAACCGCCUCUGUUUAUGCCUUUGCCAGAACGUUCUGUGUAUUAGUUUUUUUUUUAUUGUGGUUGAAAAUGGCUGAACUCCUCUCUUCCUCUCGUUUCGAAAUCUUUUAUUGAAUGUUACUCAGUAACUGUUUGAUUUGUGGGAUUGCAGGCGUUGAGUAUUUCAAAUAUAGGAUUGGAUAAUUUUCAGGGAAAUCCAUAUAGCCCCAAUUUACCUGGGGUGGAUGAACUUGAUGUUAAGAUAUUGGGUUAUUAGGCUGUGGAUGGAUUUCAGGGACAGAAUACUCUAUAUGAGACAGCUGAGAGUUUCCUAGCUUUCACAAGUUUGUUUCUUGUGGAACUUCUUGAAGCUGGGCUGGAAACAGAGAAAGGUAAUUACAGGUUACUGUCAGAUGGAAGGUUAUAAAGCGUUGUUUGAUGGCACAAAGUGCUCAAUUGCAGAAGAUUCUUUCAAUGCCACUGCUAUGGACUUUUUGAAUUUUGAUGCAUAUGCGGGAUGGUGCAACAGUCCUGUCACCAUGGAUCAAACGUUUGCCUCCUAUUCAUUUUCACCACAUACUCCAGUGGGAUGCGCACCUUUUGACGGUUUAUAUUAUCCUGAACAGAACAGCGGUGUUUUCUCAAUGAUGGAUGCUGCUGAUAUCACAGACAGUAUAGACGAUGAGGACGAUGAAAUGAUUUUUCAACAGAAUGAUCAAUUACACUCUUCCCUUAGUUCUAUUGAUGUAGUUGGUAAUACUUGGAGGAUUCAAGGCCAGCAGAGUGCCAUUGAGGAUUUAGGAAAUCCUAUGAUCCCAAAAUCACCUUCUGAACCUCUUCCAGUAAGAAUGCUUACUGCAUUGGGAUUAUUUAAAGAGUCAUCAUCAGGUGGAGGCAUCUUGGCCCAAGUCUGGUUUCCAAUGAAAAGGGGUGAUAAGUACUUACUAAGCACUCAUGAGCAGCCAUAUCUACUUGACCAUGCUCUUGCUGGAUAUCGUGAGGUGUCAAGUAAUUUCACUUUUGACGCAGUCACCAAACCAGGCUCUUCCCCAGGACUUCCUGGCCGCGUAUUCUCUUCAAGGAUUCCAGAGUGGACAUCAAAUAUUGCAUACUAUAGGGAGGCUGAAUAUCUGCGCAUACAUCAUGCAGUUAACCAUGACAUACGUGGCUGCAUUGCGUUACCCGUUUUCGAGGACGAUCCAAGUGAAAAACCAUGUUGUGCUGUACUUGAAGUUAUCACCAUGAAGGAGAAACCCGAUUUUAAUUCCGAAAUUGAAAAGGUUUGCCGUGCGCUACAGGCAGUGAAUUUGAGGAGCAUUGCAUCUCCACGUCUCUAUCCUCAGUGCCUUUCAACAAAUCAAAAAUCUGCUUUAGCUGAGAUAACUGAUGUUUUGCGAGCUGUAUGUCAUGCACAUAAACUACCACUCGCCCUCACAUGGAUUCCUUGUAUUUAUACAGGAGAAGACAAUGAUGAAAUUAGAAGGGUGCGAUGUAAAGGAUGCAGCUCGGACUCAAUUGAGAAAAGCAUUCUUUGUAUUGAGAGUAGUGCUAGCUAUAUCAGUGACAAGGAGAUGCUAGAAUUUGUGCAUGCAUGCAUGGAACAUUACCUUGAGGAAGGACAAGGAAUUGCUGGGAAAGCUCUUCAGUCCAAUCACCCCUUUUUUUAUCCAGAUGUGAAGGAAUACCAUAUAAGCGAGUAUCCACUCGUUCAUCAUGCACGGAAGUUUGGCCUUAAUGCCGCUGUUGCCAUUAGGUUAUGCAGUACUUUCACCGGGAAUGAUGAUUAUAUUUUGGAGUUUUUUCUUCCUCUUGAUAUGAAGGGAAGUACUGAACAACAACUCCUCGUAAAUAACUUAUCUGGUACCAUGCAAAGGAUUUGUAAGACAUUGAGGACAGUCUCUGAUGCAGAACUCAGGAAUGGAGACGGUUCCAAGUGUGGACCAGGGAAUGCAUCUUCUCCAAACAUACCACCAAUUCCAUUGGCACGAUGCUCACGACAAUCACUUCUAGACAGCACCUUGGAUCGUACGGAUGAGGUGCAUUUGAAUGUAUCUGCUUCAGAGAGUCCUGGAAUUGGUCCUAACAGUGCUCAACAAGAGAAGACUGGAUCAAGAAGGCAGAUGGAGAAAAAGCGAAGUACGGCAGAGAAGCAUGUUAGCUUAAGUGUUCUUCAGCAGCAUUUCUCUGGGAGUCUCAAGGAUGCUGCUAGAGCCAUUGGUGUGUGUCCAACAACAUUGAAACGGAUAUGUAGACAACACGGUAUAUCAAGAUGGCCAUCCCGCAAGAUAAACAAAGUAAACCGCUCUUUAAAGAAAAUACAAACUGUACUCGAAUCUGUCCAAGGUGUGGAAGGAGGACUAAAAUUUGAUCCAAGCAGUGGGGGGCUGCUGGCUGCUGGCUCAAUCCUUAAAGAUUUUGGCGCACCAAAAGGUGUUCUCUUUCCCUGCAAGAACGUUCCUACCAAAGAAAAGGAGUCCCUUUUCCUGCCGGAUGCAUCAUCCCCCGCUUCCCGCAUUGGUGAUGGAAGUCCUGCAACAAAAAUGGAAGCAGGCCCCAUCGUGGAAGGAAACAAGCUACAUAUUCUCAGUCCAAGCUCUUGUAAGGGUGAGCAUAGAUCUACUAUUCCGUUGUCAGAGUGUUGCCAUGACUCCAAAUUGACCGUUCCACAAGAUGCUGGCUUGAACACCAUAGCAUGGACUGGUUUGGGAAACACAUCCUUAGAUUCUUUGCUCAUCAGAGAAAGAAGCAAAUGUAAAUGGUCCAAAAAGUCGAGCUCCAUUGGUCUCUGCAAUGAAACACAGACAAAGAUGAUGCACAUUGUGACUGGAGAGCAUAACCAACCAGCUUCUUCAAGCAUGACAGACUCUUCAAAUGGAUCAGGGCCGGUGAUGAACGGGUGUUGCUCAAGCUCACAAAGCUUUGGUGAACAGAAGCACUGGAAAGCUGAGGUGAAUUGUGGGGAUAGUGGUUCCAGAAUUACAGUGAAAGCUACAUACAAAGAAGACACAGUCCGUAUUAAGUUUGAGAGUUCAGUAGGGUGUUCCCGAAUCUAUGAAGAAGUUGGUAGGAGGUUUGGGCUGCAGAGUGGGACAUUCCAGCUCAAGUAUCUUGAUGAUGAAGAGGAGUGGGUGAUGCUGGUAAAUGACGCUGAUUUGCGGGAGUGUAUGGAGAUCAUGGAUUACCAAGGCACUCACUGCGUCAGGUUUCUUGUCCGCGAUACAUCAUGUGCUAUGGGUAGUUCUGGUAGCAGCAACUGCCUUUUGGGAACUGCUUCUUAAAUGAAGAAAUUCUGUAGAAGAUAGUGUAGACUUUGAAAGAUCCUGAUUUCAAUGCUUGAAGAAUUGGGUUCACCCGGGUUUCUUUUAGUUUAGAUUUUCAUAUAGAAUUUAAAUGCCUAAAGCCUUAAAUGAGUUCAGUCCCCUAUAUGUUUCUUGACACACACAAAUAAAGUUAAUAAGCCACUUUUGUAAUUUGUAAAAUAGAUUUCAACCAGGAUACUGGGAGCAUUUAGCAUGUAGAACAUCUUUUCAACAAACUAUACGGAUCUUUCAUAUUUAUAUUAAUUCAUUUUUUCUAUAAUUAUUAUAUAC